CUCCUGGCCUUAAGCGAUUUUCUCGCCUCUGCCUCCCGAAGUGCUGGGAUCAGGAGCGCCCAGCCGGAUGCCUGCUUUUGAAAACGCACUCGGGCUGUCCCGGAAGUUGGCGCUGUCCUGGGUCAGGCCCCGGCCUGUCCUGCUCCUUGGUGCCAUGGUCCCACGCAGCGGCCCCAGGGAGGCCCUGCUGCUCCUCUGCGCGAUCUUCCUGCUGCUGCAGUUUGAUUUUAUCAGCUGUAAUCGCCUAAUUGUAUAUGGGGCUCUGAACGAGAAUGUAACUUUUGGACCGUCAAACUAUACAACAACUUUUCACGAGAUCCUGUGGAAAAAACAGAAGAAUAAAGUUGUAGAAUGGGAUGGUUCGAGCAAGACACCUUUCCCGCCUUUUGUGGGUAGAGUUGACUUAGACCAUGUAUCUGGCAACCUCACUAUCUUGAACUUAACAUUAUUAGAUGAAGAUGAGUAUGAAAUUGAAUCACCAAGUAUGGCAGAUACUGUCAAGUUCUUUCUUAAUGUGAUUGAGCACAUUCCAUCUCUUAAAUUAAAUUGUACCUUGAUUGAUGGAGAAAUUGUAGUCCAAUGCCUGAUCCCAGAGCAUUACAACAGCCAUAAAGAACUUUUAAAUUACUCGUGGUUUUGCCCUUGGGAACAAUGCAACAGUCACUCACACAGUGAACUAUCUUUUACUAUGGACAGAGAUCUCUCACAGCAAGUACAGUGUGUUGUUAGCAAUAAAGUAUCCGAAAGGAAGUCAGAGAUCGUUUUGGAAACCUGUAUCCCAAACACCGGUCAUCCAAGGCACAGGUAUCUAAUUACAGCAUCAGUAGUACUAGUGAUUGCAGUAAGUGCUGUGUUGUUUUUAAAGGUAUGUAUGCUUUUUUUAAAUUAGAUUUUUCAAUUAGUUUUCAAGCUUCAAUUGGUUUUUCAAAGGCAAGAAUAUAGUUUGAAAAUAAAAACAAAGUCUGAAAUUUUAGACAUUUGAAAAGAAGGAGAAACGUUUUUGUUUUACAUGUUGUUUGGGGUUGCUGAGUAUACCAGGUUUCUCCUAAGUUUCUGCAUUAUCUUAAGUGGAAUCCUUGGGCCACAGAGAACUUCACAGGCCUGGGAGCACAGCCUAAUUCUUUCAAGGCCUGUUCCAUAGCUGCCUUUUAUGGGUGGUACAUUUCUACAUAUUGUUAUAUUUCUUAGCUGCCACCUUUACAAUUUCUAUGUCUUAUAACGUAGGUGGGGCUCCCAGGUAGGAAAGGGGUUUUUUGUUGAGUUGAGUGACUUUGAAGUGGGUAACAGGUAUGCUAGCACUAUUUCUGGAGUCUUUCUUGGCCCCCCAGAGAUUCUGGGCCAGCCAUACAACU